AUUAUAUAGUUGAUUACUGUAUUUUUAUAUAAUAAUUCUUUCAAUAAAAUAAGUAAAUUUGAAAGUAUCGUCACUUGUGUCCAGUAAAACUAAAGUAAAAAAAUGUCAGCUUUCGAUUUUAAUGCAAUUGGUGAUUCGUUAAACGAAGCUAGCCUAAAAACUAAAGGAUCUGGUGUCUCAUUUGCUGGAAAAUCAUUAAAACUCAAUAAUGAAAAUGAUGCAAAAGAAGUUGUGGAUGCUAUUGAAAAGUGUAAAAAUUUGGAAUUCUUGGACCUUGAAGGUAACACUCUUGGUCCUGAUGCAGCUAAAAGUAUUUCCAAAGUUAUUGAAAAAUGUGGAACUAAUUUAAAAAGAGCUUUGUGGAAAGAUAUGUUUACUGGACGUAUGAAAGAUGAAAUUCCAGUUGCUUUGGAAUAUCUAGGACAGGGAUUAUGUGCGGCAGGAACUAGGCUCGUGGAACUUGACCUAAGUGACAAUGCCUUCGGACCAAUUGGUGUACAAGGAUUGGCAUCUCUUUUAAGUUCCAGUUCCUGUUAUACAUUACAAGAGUUGAGAUUGAACAAUAAUGGCCUUGGUAUUUCUGGUGGAAAAUUGUUGGCCAAGGCAUUGUUACUUUGUAAUGCUGAAAGUAAAAAAGAAAUGUUAAAACCUUUGGGACUAAAGGUAUUUGUCGCAGGAAGAAACAGACUUGAGAACGAAGGAGCCUCAGCUUUAGCAUCGGUUUUUAAAAUAUUAAAAAGUUUAGAGGAAGUAGUCAUGCCUCAGAAUGGUAUUUAUCACAAGGGAAUUUCUGCUCUUGCUACUGGCUUGGCAGAGAACACGAACCUACGAAUUUUAAAUCUUAAUGACAAUACAUUCGGCUUAAAAGGAGCCAAAGCAUUAGCGCAAGUUUUGCAUAAUUUUCCUUUAUUGGAGCAGUUGAACCUUGGAGAUUGCCUUUUAAAGACAUCUGGUGCAAUAGUAAUAGCUGAAUCUUUAGCCGACAAGGGUAGUCACUCGUUGCUUACCGAACUUGAUUUGAGCUCCAAUGAAAUUGGUGUUCGAGGUGCCAAUGUUAUUGCAAAGGCAAUGGCUGAUAAAACUCAACUUAAUACUCUUGUUCUUGAAGGGAAUUAUUUUCAAGAAGAAGGGAAAAAUAUCUUAAUCGAAGUGUUUAAAGGUAGAUUUGAUUCAUUGCACAUGUUUGGUUGUGAUGAGGAUGAUGAAGUAGAUUCGGAGGAAGAAAAUAAUGAUGAUGAUGAAGUAGAGUCGGAGGAAGAAAAUAAUGAUGAUGACGACGAUGACGACGACGACGACGACGACGACGAUGAUGACGACGACGACGAAGACGACGAGGAUGAUGAAGAAGAUACUGAAAACGAAGAAGAAAGUACUGAAACUGAUGAUCAAGAAAAAAAUGAAAGUUUAAAUACAAUGAAAAAACUAAUAAAAACAAUGACUGUUCAAGAAUUCCUGCAAACACCCACCGAAGAAAAUUUUAUAUUACUACAAGGUGACAAGACACAAGUAUUCCUUGAUUAUAUAGAAAAUAUAUCCAAAGUUGAAAGUGAAGAUCAAAUGAAUAACAUUGUGAAAGUCAUAAUGAAAGUAUCUGCGCUGAGCAAAACUAAUUUUAUGGAUGUUGCACAUCUUGUUGAACAAGUGACGGAACGAUUAUAUUUAGAAUUAUUUACAAUUGCCAUAAAAUGUAAUCAAAUCCCUAGAUUAAAUAAUGCACUUCUAGUUAAUCUAGGUUUACUAAAAAGUGAAGACAAAAAUGCCUCAAAAAUUGAUUGGAAUUUGGAAGGUUGCUUGAAAGCACUAGAAAAUGUCUGUCAUAAGGAUUAUUUUCUUCCACAAACUAGAGCCACCUUGAAAGUAUUCAUUGAGAAGCCAAUAAUAACAAGUAGAUUUAGGCUAGUCGAUCCCUUUCAAGAAGCCAGAAGCUCGUUAAAAAAGGCUCUUAAUGCAUUGCCCCUAAUGACUGUUAACAUCUAAAAAUUUUAUCUUUAAAGUAAAUUAAUUAAUUACCUUAUGAAUUUAGCAUAAU